AUGACCGCAGAUACUCGCGCAUGGACUCCCCUCCACGUCGUGGGAGAUACGGUAGCAGGGAGAGAGGAGGCCGCGACUUUAGAGAUAGAGGCGGUUGGUGGGGGGCAUAUGAUAGAAGAGACAGAGAAAGAGACAGAGAAAGAGACAGAGACAGAGACAGAGAUGACAGUGGAUACUGCUACAGAGGUGGCUCUUACAGGGAUGACUACAGAGAGUCUCGCAGACGCGGUUACUGAUGCUUCUGUGUUGCUGCUGUUGCUUGUUGGUGCUGCAGCAGGAGCCGCAGCAGGAGCCGCAGCCGUACUCGUUCGCCGCGGCGUUCUCCUUCUUACAGCGGGGACUCACGUUAGUAUUGAAGAGGCGAUUGCGGAGCUGUGCUGCAUGCUGCCUCUUGGAUAA